AUACUGAAGAUAUAUAGACUUAGAGAAGGCUCUGAACCAUGGAUAGCCUCUGCGCAGCAAGUACCACUUUUGCACUUGACCUCUUAAAAAAGUUGUGUGAGAACAAAAGUAGGCAGAAUCUAUUCUUUUCUCCUUUUAGUAUUUCUUCUGCUUUGUCUAUGAUUUUGCUGGGUUCAAAAGGUAACACCGAAGCCCAAAUAGCAAAGGUGCUUUCUCUGAACAAAGCCAAGGAUGCUCACAAUGGCUAUCAAUUACUUCUCUCUGAAAUUAAUGAUCCAAACACCAAUUAUAUCCUGAGAACUGCUAACCGACUUUAUGGAGAAAAGACAUUUGAGUUUCUCUCAUCAUUUAUAGAGUCAAGUCAGAAAUUCUACCAUGCUGGACUAGAACAGACUGACUUCAUGCAUGCUUGGGAAGAUUCCAGGAAACAAAUAAAUGGCUGGGUAGAGGAAAGGACUGAAGGUAAAAUUCAGAACCUGUUGGCAGAGGGAAUUAUCGAUUCACUGACCAGACUUGUGUUAGUGAAUGCCAUCUACUUCAAAGGCAACUGGGAAAAGCAGUUCAACAAAGAGAGAACAGCAGAAAUGCCAUUUCGAAUUAACAAGAAAGAGACCAAACCUGUGCAGAUGAUGUUAAAGAAGGAUAGAUUUAACAUGACCUAUAUUGGGGACUUCAGGACCAAAAUCCUUGAGCUCCCUUAUGUUGGUAAUGAACUCAGCAUGAUCAUCCUGCUCCCUGAUGCAAUCCAGGAUGAAUCCACUGGCUUGGAAAGCCUGGAAAGAGAACUUACGUAUGAGAAGCUGAUAGAUUGGAUCAAUCCUGAAAUGAUGGACUGUACAGAGGUGAUGGUGUCUUUACCCAGAUUUAAACUGGAAGAGGAUUAUGAUCUGAAACCCCUUCUGAGCAGCAUGGGAAUGCCUGAUGCAUUUGACUUAGGGAAGGCAGACUUCUCGGGAAUCUCAGCUGGCAAUGAGCUGGUACUCUCUGAAGUAGUUCACAAGUCCUUUGUGGAAGUCAAUGAAGAAGGCACUGAAGCGGCUGCCACAGCAGGAGUGAUGCGGCUGCGCAGUGCAAUGAUUGUUGCAGAAUUCACUGCUGAUCAUCCCUUCCUCUUCUUUAUCCGGCACAACAAAACUUCUAGCAUUUUGUUCUGUGGCAGAUUUUGCUCUCCCUAA